UUUUUCGUUAGCACGAUGGCUCUCCUAUUCCGAUUAAGCGUCCGAAGAGGCUUCAGCAAUGGAACUGCUUUCAGCAGCAGCUCCAUAACCCCUUCUUCCCUCCUGCAACCCCAGUUCCUCCUUCCUACCCUGUCAGCAUCUAAGGUUUCCUUUACUUCCUCUUCCUCUUCCUCGGCCUCCUCCUCCUCGACUCCUUCCUUUACCCUCUCUCGCAAAGAGGACUUCUGGGCCAAGAAUCGCCGUCUCAACAGGCCUGUGUCACCCCAUCUCACCAUCUACAAGCCACAGGUUACUUCGCUGUUGUCGCUGAGUCACAGAGCAACUGGCCUUGCAUUGUCUGCUUUGAUUUCCGGCUUUAGCAUUGGCAUGCUGGCUGUCCCCGGGUCAUACCCACAUUACCUGGAACUGGUUCAGUCCUUGGCCUUCGGCCCUGUGAUCAUCUUUGGGGCCAAGUUUGUCCUGGCUCUCCCCUUCACAUAUCACCUCUGUAAUGGUGUGAGGCAUCUGGUGUGGGACCUCGGCUACGGAUUUACCCUCCGCACCCUCUACCAGACAGGCUAUGCAGUUGUUGGUAUCUCCCUGAUCUUGGCCGUGAUUGCAGCUGCGCUCUAAAGAGGAGGGAGAAAUGCGGAGAGAGAUCAGAAAAAUGAGGGAAUUGGGAAGUGAAAGAUGCAGGGAGAUAGAAGUAAGAGGGAUACCAAAAAGAGAAGAAAGAGAAGGAUAGAAGGAGGGAAAAGGAAGAGAUAUAUGAAGGAAUUAAGUAGAAAAGGGUAAAGGAAUGUGAGAGAGAGAUAUAAACGAAAAGGAGAGAAGAGAAGAAUUACAUAAAAAGAUCAGCGAGAGAGUUGGUGAAAGGACUAGGAAAAAGAGAAGUAAAAGAAAAUUGAAAAAAAGGUUUUAUCUUUUUUCUCUUCUGUUUCUCUCUUAUCUCUAGUAUUUUAGAAAGAAGAAAAGUAAAAAUAUUGUGUAAAAAAAAAGAAAAAAAAAUUCUGUACAUAUGUUAUCAAAUAAAUGAUUACUUU